AUCUUUGCAGAGGAUUCCGAGUAAUACUGAGUCCCUGAAUGUCGUGAAUGACACGGAGUAACCAUGGCGAUGACCCUGUGAUGUCCCGGGGACUUGACGCGCAGCCGAUCAGAGCAGAGAUCUGCAGUAAAGGAAUACAACGGAGCGUCCUGGUUGCUCAUUUGGUGCAAACUGGAGAUUUGAAUUAAGUUCUUCAGGAAAUUACACGACAAACGCUGAAUUAAAAUCUCAUUCCACCACGAAGCUGACUGGUGACUUCAGUGAAGAAACGUGACUCACUCUUUGAAAAUAUUGAUUGUUUUCUGACGGGAUGGCUCACUUGCCGUCAAGCUGUCUUUCAGUCGGAGCGACUGCUGAGAAAUGCGUCGUAAGGACCGUUGGAUGAGGAUGUAUUGCCCGCAAAGGGAGACUGACAGACGGGGGACUGCAGACCGGUUAUGAGGCUGCAGUCACCGAGUCUCGGUGAGAUGCCAUAAUCCGCACCGGACAUCUCGGAAUCAUGGACUCCUGGAUCUUGCCGUCGUCCCCUCCCAACCUGUCGGAGCACCUGAUGUACGACAGCUUCGAGCCGGACCUCCACGGGAACUACACGGACCACAGCUUCAAUAAAACCAGCACGGUGGUCAUCACCUGCCUGUACUUUUUGGUCUGCACGGUGGGACUGUGCGGGAACACCCUGGUCAUCUACGUGAUCCUGCGCUACGCCAAGAUGAAGACGGUUACCAACAUCUACAUCCUCAACCUGGCGGUGGCCGACGUGCUGUUCAUGCUGGGCCUGCCGUUCAUCGCCAUCCAGCUGGCGCUGGUCCACUGGCCGUUCGGCCCCGUGCUCUGCAGGGUGGUGAUGGCCCUGGACUCCCUCAACCAGUUCACCUCCAUCUUCUGCCUGAUGGUCAUGAGCAUCGACCGCUACCUGGCCGUGGUGCAUCCCAUCAAGUCCACAAAGUGGCGCAAGCCGCGCAUGGCCAAGACUAUCAACCUAGCGGUGUGGGGGUCGUCGCUGAUGGUCAACCUUCCCAUCGUCAUUUACAGCGGAGUCAUCACAAAGCACGACGGCUGCUUCUGCACCAUUGUGUGGCCGGAGCCUCAAGAGGCUUACUACACCGCGUUCAUGUUCUACACCUUCAUCCUGGGCUUCUUCCUGCCCCUCAUGGUCAUCUGCCUCUGCUACUUGUUCAUCAUCUUCAAGGUGAAGUCCUCGGGCAUCCGCGUGGGCUCGUCCAAGAGGAAGCGCUCGGAGAGGAAGGUGACUCGCAUGGUGUCCAUCGUGGUGGCCGUGUUCGUCUUCUGCUGGCUGCCCUUCUACGUCUUCAACGUCACCUCGGUGACGGGGACCAUCAGCACCACCCCCAUCCUCAGGAGCACCUUCGCCUUUGUGGUGGUCCUGGGAUACGCCAACAGCUGCGCCAACCCCAUCCUCUACGCCUUCCUGUCGGAGAACUUCAGGAAGAGCUUCCAGAAUGUUCUGUGUCUCAAGAAGGUGGGCGGGCUGGACGAGGCCGAUCGCAGCGACAGCCGGCAGGACAAGUCUCGCAUGAUAAACGACCCCACGGACACCCAGAGUACUCUGCUGAACGGGGACCUGCAGACCAGCAUCUGAGAGGACGGCAGUCCGCUGUUAUCAGCUCCUCUGCGGUCACAUCAGAGAGGAAGGGGGAGGGAGGGGCAAUAUUUAACAAUAGGUUCGAUAGGAACACGUCCCUUGUGAAAGAGGACGAAGCAUCAAAGAGAGUAAAACGGCACUGUUCCUGUCUGCUAUUGACACGUCGUUGGGUUUCUCUGUUCUCACGUAAUCAGUGAGAACAUGUGAGUGUUUGCUCCAUGCUGUAGUUUUUCCUCAGUGGGUUGAAGGUAGGAGAUACACACUAACGCCCACGUGUAAAUGGUCCCCAGGGUGACAUUCAUUUUCCCUGGAGACCUGGGAUUACGUACAUAGUAUCAGAGACGAGGGCUUGUGCCAAGUUUCCACAGUCCUGCAUUGGGUAAAAAUAGCAGUACGAUGCGUUCGGAUGCUCAAAAACAACGUGGUAUUGUUAACACUGACGACCGUAUCUUUCCUCGGUUUUUGUUCCCGUCUCAUCCGUCAUGCAGUUAUUUGUUUCUAACUGUGCAGGAAGUGGGCAAAGAGAAGCGGUGAGAGAAUUAAAGCCUCACAUUUUGAUCUCUAAAUCUGACUCUCAAAUAAGAAUUCUUUUUUUUCCUUUUACAGACACAGUAAUCAACGUAAUCAAUGUCAGUGCCAUUACUUCUUCUGUUGUGUAGUACAACAUUCUGAUUUAUGUGUGGCUAAUUUGAUCUGUGAUGAACGUGUAAAAUGUAAUAACGUGAUGUUCAGUGGGCGGUUAAAUAUUUCGACCAAAGUGCUGCCGAGAUGUAUAAAAUUCUACCACAAUGUCGUCUUGUAUAUAUGUUUCUACUGGACUGAUGGCUUUUGGGCUUAUUUACCGUUAACUGUGUGCGUCCUAUAAUAAGGUUUGUGUGUUUGCUUGCAGUUGUCUACUAUUGUCUAAUAUUCCAAACGGCACAACCCUAAAUAAUUCAGAGACAAAUUUGAAGUAGGCACCCAGCUUUGUGUUUUUAUAUCAGCUGAGAGCAUAAAACCGCUUCAGAAGCAGAUGGCUUUGCUUUACUGGAGGUAGUGAAGUACUGAACUAUAGGACAUGCCCUUGAGUUGAAUACAUUGCCUUUCAAACACAUGUUCAAUUUGUUGUUUCACUUUGCUCUAUUACAGAAAACACUGUGUUUGGUGCUUUCGCUGCUCUCCUUCCUUUGACUUUGCAUAUAUAAGAGCCUUGGCUUCUCCUCCCCAUUGCACGCUGCUUGUAAACACGUUGUAUAAUGA